UUAACGGGCCCCCUCUCUGGAGUCUCCUUAUUUCAAAAGUUGAAUAAAUCUCCCCAAGUAUCCCCUCAUUCCCGAAAAUGUCGACUUCCCAGAAUCCUCACAACGAACCUCAAGAAUACGACAUGGCAGACCUUCCAAAGCACAAUGGGCCUCGCCCCGCCCCCAACAAUAAGGACAGUUCGAAUUCUGAACUACCGGAUUUGAAGCAAGAGGAAAAUCGAACACCACCCGUUGGACGAGUAGCAGGAGGUUCUUUCUUAGAGUCGAUGCGUGGUAGCGAUAGCGACAAUGUUGAAGACGGUCCUCUGAAAGAGGUCAAUAUCGAUAUGCCAGAAACUCGCACUGAGCUCAUCACAAAAGAUGGCGGGGAAUAUAUUCUCCUUCAUUUCGCCAAUGGAGAUCCAGAGAAUCCAUUCAACUGGCCCACAGGAAAGAAAGUGUUCAUCACAGUGUUGCUGUGCAUGAUGACACUUUUCAUCGGUUUGGCAACAACUGCAUAUAGUAGUGGAAUCACAUCAAUGUGCGAUGACUUUGGUGUUUCGACCGAAUUAGGACAAUUGGGACUCUUCUGUUUCAACAUGGCUUGUGCACUCGCACCAUUGUUCCUGGCACCUUUCUGCGAAUUGGUCGGCAGAAAGAUCAUUUAUACUGGCGCUUAUGCAGGCUUCAUCAUCAUCUUCAUCGGAUUGGCUCUCGGCAAAAACAUUGCAACAAUUCUUGUCAUGAGAACAUUGAGUGGAUUGUUUGGUUGUGUAGGCACCAUUCUCGUGGGUGGAACCUUCAGUGAUAUGUAUACACCGGAUUCAAGAGCUGUUCCAAUGGCAUGCUUCGCAUAUGUAGCUAUCUUGGGAACGGUUGGCGCGCCAAUUUAUGCCGGAUUCAUCGACGAAACAAUUGGCUGGAGAUGGAUCGAGGGAAUUCAAGGAUUGGCAAACUUACCACUUCUCGCUGCAAUCCUUCUUUUCUUUCGUGAAACUAGAGGCGGUGUCGCAUUGCACAAACGAGCCAAGCUUCUCCGAGCUGCAACAGGCGAUGAGAGAUACAAGGCCGAGAUGGAUCUCGAGGCAAAGGACUUGAAAGAGAUGCUUCACAAUUCUUCCGUCAAGGCCGUCAAAAUGCUUGCCACAGAGCCAGUCGUUUUCGCUUUCGGUCUAUGGAUCGCUUUCGCCUGGUUCGUCACCUUCUUGUUCUUGUCGGUCAUUCCAAUUACCUUUCAAGAACAUCACGGCUGGAAUGAAGGUAUAGCUGGUCUGCCAUACAUUUCAUUGUGUAUUGGUGUGACUAUCGCUUUUGGAUUGAACUUCUUCCAGAUCAAGAAGUACAAAUCUAUCAUGGCGGCCCAUGAUCAACACAUUGUUCCGGAAUCCAGAUUGUACGGUGCAAUGUGUGGUGCUUGUUUCCUCCCAAUCGGAUUGUUCAUCUACAGCUUCACCCAGUAUGGCUUCAUUACAUGGGUUGCACCAGCCAUUGCACUUGCACCAAUCUCCAUGGGCAUUUUCUUCAUUUUCGAAUCCACAUACAGUUACACUUCGGAUUGUUAUGGCGAAAAUAGUUCCUCCGCCAUUGCUGGACAGGGUUUGAUGCGUAACGCCUUGGGUGCAGUGGCGCCAUUGUUCGCAAGCCAAUUCUUCCACAAUGUCGGUAGCCAAUAUGCCGGUUUGAUUCUCGCAAUCGCUGGUACUGCCUUGACCUUCAUUCCUUUCAUCAUGUUUAAGUACGGGCAUCUUUUACGAGCUCGAUCCAAGCUUGCUAGUACGCAGAAGGGCGAUGAAGAGCAAAAGAAGAAGACUGGUCUUUACACAGCCCCUUUCGUGUGAAGGAAUUGAUGUAGAGGGGAUUCCGUUUCGGAACAAAUCGUGUAACGAUAUUUGUCGGACCCUUUUCGUUGACCUGACGGCGGGUUCUAUUCACAAGGGUGGUUGGAUUCAUCCGCGUUGUGUAUAUGAUUCCAGACUGUCUCCGGAAGGACAAAGUCUUCCAUCGCGGGUCACUCCGCAGUUUUAGUAUUGUUUAUUGUAGCAUAGCAUAGCAUUGCGGGAUAAUGGUGUCAAUGACUGGGCGAUCUAUGAUCGAAUUUAUGAGGGAAACCUGGGAUUGGAAAUAUGCAUUAGUCGGCGUUCAUAAUUUCGGGAUAUUAUUGGGAGCAUCACUGUACGAUACCAAUGAAAAAUAUAGAUUUGAAUAAUUCAUGCACCAUGGCUCCACCUACUCUGCGUCUUCUUCCAUCCGUUGUGACUUUCUUGUUCGACUGUACCGCUGUGCCAAAUUGAAUGCA